CUGAGGGCUCGAGGCCCAUGCAUGGUCCUUACGCUCAGUAGUCGGUGAUGUGCCAAACGAGCCGGAGAGCUACCAGACUUCAAGGCGUCAGAGUCGACUUGGAGCUCGCAUCCCCGAAGUCGUGCAUUACCAGCCAGGGUUGCCAAUUUAAUCACUCUUUCUGGGAGAGCUGUGUCCUCACGAGAAUCACUCAGUUGGCUGGAUUGGUAGAGAAAUGCAUGAUUUCAGCUGUGAAUCAAUGUUUAAGCUCAUGCGAUGACUCUGACGGAUUCCGGAAUUUUGGGAGACCAUGUACUCUCGACCUGGCAAAGCGAGAGACGAAAGCUCCAUCGAGGCUGCCAGACUUUUCCAACGGAGAAGAGACUUACAGCUGUACAAGCCUCUUGGCCCGUGCAAAACAUGGCGACACAAACGGGAUUAAGAGGUCCGAGCAUUGUGGAUGGAUUAAGCCUGCAACGCAUGGCGUGUAUAACAGAAGCAGCUCUGAUCGAGAAUGCUGACUCUGGGGCAGACAUAUUCUUAGGUCCACAAAACUUCUACGGAUUGGAUGACGGCAACAUCGAGCUUCUCUUUACACUGCGGCCUGCCGGCGAUGCGUGGAGCAAAACAUCACCUGCUCUUGCUCAUGAAAGACCGAGUUUGGGUUCUCUAAAGUGCACCGGCCUCAGUUGGAACGCGACGGGUUUAGUUCUGGCUGCUGCAUAUGGGAGAAAGGACCUUCGGGGAUGGUGCGAUCAUCCUGGAGCGCUGUGCACUUGGAACAUAAAGCAGCAAGUAUCAGAUAGCUUCAAUCAGACGAGCAGCAUUACGCUGGACAACUGUUUGAUGUGUAUUGCGUUUCACCCACUACAACCAGAUAUCAUUGCAGGGGGGACUUUCAAUGGUGAGAUUUAUGUGUGGGACCUGAGCAAGGACGAUCCCCAGAUUGCUGUAUCUGGUGCGACUUACGUAUGUCAUUCUGAACCGAUAACCCAGGUGGCCUGGUAUCACAGUGGAAAAGAAAGCGGCAUCUGCUCAUCAUCUAAGGACACAUUUCAGAUUAUAUCUACCAGCACUGACGGACAGAUUCUGUUGUGGUCCGCAGACAACUUAAACCAGCCGCUCUAUGGAUACUCUAUCCUAUAUCCACGUUCACAUUCUUCAAGGGCACAAUAUUGGGGAGGCACAUGCAUGGACGUACCCGCGAACACAAAAGAUCAUUCUACAAUAAUCGUGGGAACUGAAGGAGGGACAGUGUACAGAUGUGGUUUGCAAUUCACUCAAAAAUCGAUAAAUGAUUUCAGUAGACAAGUCAAAGAUUCAGGUUUGCUGACCAACAGUUGCCGGGAAGGGAAACUAAAACUAUUAUCUCCAAUCAAGUCACAGCAUGAGCCACAUGUUGGUCCGGUCCAUUGCAUAAAAUUCUCGCCCUUCGAUGAAAGAGUUUUCAUGACUUGUGGUUAUGACGGCUUUGUCUGCAUAUACAACGAUGUCCAGGCGAAACCGAUCCUGAGGCUUGAACCAUCGGAGAUGCAAAUUCUCUGCGCGGGGUGGUCACCUUCCCGGCCCCUCGUCAUAGCUGUUGGAGUGGAAGGAGGUCGAAUAUUCAUUUUUGAUGUACAGAGAAGUAUGCUCCAUCCAACCGCUGCUGUAGACGCCAGUGAGGAGGGCAAUCCAAUAUUCGCGAUGGCUUUCAAUCAUCAGAAGCGUCAAUAUUAUGCGUGCUCCGACGGCGUGCAUGUGAAGAUUUUCCAGUUGGGCUCGAACUACACCAAGGAAAGGAUUUUGGAGAGAAAGCAACUGGCUCGUUUCGCUCAAAGUGCUGGUGGAGAUGUUUAAAUCCGACCCUUUCCUGAUGCAGAGGAACUGCUGGAGGCGUUUGGACUCGAGAGGCUCUCGGUGAAUUGAUGAAAGAAAGAGGAAUCGCAUCACGCCCCUGAAAGAGCUUUCGAGUCCUAGUUCUAGACCUAGUCCCACCUUCCAUUCUCGAAUAUGAAUGUGGGGUCACCUUUAUCACACUUCUCGUCGCCUAGGCAACUCUCGCAGUAUUAUAUUCUAAUCCCUAGCUUCGACGGGGAGACGCUUUAGCGUGUACCGCUGUAGCCCUAGUUGAAACACUGGCCAGGAAAUGUUUAAAACCCUUUGAAGAAUUCAAAUUUUGACUCUCCCGAGCGAAUGAUAUUGUCGGCUCCGC